ACGAAUGAUAAAAUUUGUGGUUGUUUUGUCGGCUAUCUUGGUAGCCCUGUUUCUUAACCUAGAGGUAUCUUAUCAACAAGAUUUGACGUUGACAAUUCGGAAUAACAAAAUGGUCAGCAAAAGUAAAAACGUUGAAAAUAAAUAUUCCAUUCUUUUGCCUACAUACAAUGAAGUCGAGAAUUUACCCAUCAUCACAUGGCUUAUUGUAAAACACAUGACAAAGAGUGGUUAUCCUUUUGAAAUAAUUAUCAUUGAUGAUGGAAGUCCAGACGGAACUUUGGAAGCAGCCCAAGAACUUCAGAAAAUUUAUGGAAAAGACAAAAUUGUCCUAAAACCCAGAGAAAAGAAGUUGGGAUUAGGUACGGCUUACAUUCAUGGCAUCAAAUAUUCCACAGGCAACUUCAUAUUUAUUAUGGACGCUGAUCUUAGUCAUCAUCCAAAAUUUAUGCCUGAAAUGAUAGAAAAGCAAAUCCAAAACGACUUUGAUAUUGUUUCUGGUACGCGGUACGUUGGUACUGGAGGCGUGUAUGGAUGGGAUUUCAAAAGAAAGCUGAUCUCAAGAGGUGCAAACUUCCUGACUCAGUUACUUCUUCGUCCUGGAGCUUCAGACCUAACUGGUUCUUUCAGGUUGUAUCGAAAAGAUGUACUGGAGAAGAUAAUAAAUAAUUGCGUAUCUAAAGGAUACGUUUUCCAAAUGGAAAUGAUUAUUAGGGCAAGGCAAUUUAACUAUACUGUUGGUGAAGUUCCUAUUACCUUUGUGGAUAGGGUUUAUGGUGAAUCAAAACUGGGUGGUUCUGAAAUAUUCCAAUUUGCCAAGGCACUUCUGUAUUUAUUUGCUACAACUUAAGUCUUAUUCCAAAUAUUCAUUUUAUUUUAUUUUCAUUGCAUUUAUUUUGUAAAAUAAGUAUAUUUUAAUAAAAGUUAUUAUUUAAAA